AGCUGUUCCCUCAUGUUUUUGUUUUGGUUCCGCCAUCAUCGGUUUUUCGAUUUGCUGCGCUCUGCUUUUGUCUCGUCGUAAUCAGCUGAAGAAAAAAGUGUUAUCAAAGUCGUGGAAAACCUAUGAUUGAACUGAAUUGCGUCUUACAAACAUUAAACUCGAGUUUAGUUCAUAUCGUGGUUGGGGCUUUGCUGUUAUCUUAUCGAAAAACAAUCAGUCGAUAGGAAAACGUCAAAAAGAAAAGUGAAAUCCAAAUUCUGAGUGCGCGCACGAGAUCAGUGCCCAGACAACGAAAAAGGACGACGGUCGUCCGGAACUGCAAAAUUUCAGCGUUCCAUUCCGGUCAUUCGGACAUCCUACCGCGCCGCAAGCAUAACCAUGGCCAAGUACUACGAAAACACCACGACGUUCAACUAUUCCUGGGAGCAGGUGACGCAGUGCUUCUGGAACCGGUACCCAAAUCCGUUCAGCCUGCACGUACUCUCGGAGGACACCGUCUGCCGGGAGAUUAAGAACGGGAAGCUCCACAGCAAGCGGCUGCUGACCAAGACGAACCGAGUGCCGAAAUGGGGCGAGCGGUUCUUCAAGGCCAAGUCCGUCAACAUCCUUGAGGAGUCGGUGGUGGAUCCGAAGGAGCGCGUGCUAGUCACCUACACGAGGAACAUCGGCUUCAACAAGAUCAUGGUGAGUGUGUUGCACCAAGUGAAGCGAAUGGGGUGAUGAAUAUGGGUAUAU